GUGGUAUUCUAAAGUCAUUCCGGUCGCUAAGUUCGUCCGAGUCAAAGUCGAUGAUGUACUGUCUAAUUCGCUGGAGCAGAAGUUUCAGCUAGUACACAACAAUUUGGCCAUCACCAUUGGACUCUCACCAAGCAGCACUCAGGUCGUACGUGCAAAUGGAUGGAGUCCCGAAGGGUUCUGAUGGAACAUCUACAGAAUGUAAUGCCCGUUCACGAUGAUUCCGCGCCUCUGAACACUGGUGUCCUGCGUCCUACUACUGAAGACCUCCUGAAGGAGUGCCCUCGUUUUCGGGUAUUGGUAAUCGGGCAGUCCGGUGUUGGGAAAUCUACACUGAUUAGCCAAACCUUUGGAGUCAAGCAGGCAGUCGCUGAAGAUGACGAGCCCGGAGAAGCUGAUAUUGGGAAAGAACUCAUCUCGCUGCAGAACGACCGGUUUGUCUUACAUGACAGCAAGGGUUUUGAACCUGCGGAACACAACAAUUAUAGCAGUGUGAAGACGUUCGUAGAGAAUCGUAAACAUCAGCCAAACAUCAAAGAUCAAUUGCAUGCAGUCUGGCUGUGCUUCCGAACACCCCUCGUAUCUCACGGGGAAUGCCUUAUGGAACGAAGCGCGGAGAGGUUCUUGCGGGAAGAUAUAGGUGUCAUUGGGGACAUUCCGACCAUAGUGGUAUUCACGAAAUACGAUAGGCUUCUGGUCAGCUUGCAACUUCAGAGAGUUUCCAACCCUGGCUCAGCUGCAGAAGAGUACUUGGAAAAGCAUUGCAUCAAGCCUAUCCAAGAGUUCACCGGAAACCCAGGUCUAACACAUCUCACAGUUAGCUGUGAGGACGGCGAGCAUAGACAAGGGCUUGAAAAAUUGAUUGAGCUCACCUAUGAGAAAGUCAAUGCGGCUUUUGGGUCUCAGCUGGGCAUACCAUCCCCAGUUUCGGUCGUGACCCAAAUGGCACAGAGAGUCUCGCCAAGGUUGAAGGUCGAGGGAUCGAUAGCUGUUGGCAAGCAGAGAUAUUGGAGGGCAUUGACUUCUGGUGCUAAUUUUUGGGAUCAUACGAUUCUUGAAUGCCUCUCCGUUAUUCAUACUGACAUCGUGUCUGUCUGGAAUUUCAAUGACCCAUCUCAAUAUCUCUAUAGCACUGAAUUUCGAGAACUGAUGAUGAACCUGGUGGGGACCAUUGACUCGUCGGCGCCCCGUCUCCCUCGUACUGACGGUACCAGCAAAAUAUGCGAGUCAGGGGCUUCCUUGCUUACUCUGCCGUUUAAAGCGGGACUGGGCCUCGUACAAUGGGUUCAUGAAGCAUAUCGGCGACUGUGGGUGACAUGAUUUCAGCAUUUCCUGCGAGUAACUCUCCUUAGACCGGACGUGCAUCGUAAGUUCAUGGCUUACGUUGUCGAUCUGGUGCACGUCUUGGAGAUAUUGCUCGCACUCACCGCAAACAACAACGAAAAGAAGCUUUCCCGUGGAGCCAUUAGUUUGGCUUUCAAUGCAUACUAUCCGUCGGCAAUACAGUGCGACGCUCACCAGAAGAUCAAGAGUCGAAACUAUAUAAUCCCGGGUCGCGACGCCGUUCUCGACGAGAUAGUUUCUUUAGUUUGGAUGAGUGCG